UUAGCUAAUUAAUUAAUUAAAACUUGUCAUGGAUUAUAUAUUAUCUCGCAUGACGAUUUUGUAAUAAAUGAUAAAUAUCUGCUGAUAAGUAUGAAGUCAAUGUUAAUCCCUGCUAGAAUUUUCCUUAUAAAUAUGCAUGUCUCCAAUUCUGAAUCUCUAAACUAAACCAGUUUUAUUCAUCAAGAAGAAAAACUAAACCAAUUUUCUUUCUUGAAAUUGUUAUAACCAUGGUUGUUAUUUGCAAUUUAUGUGCCAUUUUUGGUUUGUCUAUCUUCUUUUUGUGGUGUCAAGGAAUUGCUUCUAUAGAUUACAAGGCAGCACUCACAAAGUCUCUGUUGUUUUAUGAGGGGCAACGCUCUGGAAAGCUUCCAGUUAACCAGAGGGUGCAUUGGCGAGCAGAUUCUGGGCUUAAGGACGGUCAAAAUGAAGAAAAUAGUGGUUUUGACCUUGUUGGAGGAUACUAUGAUGCUGGAGACAAUCUCAAGUUAGGAUUCCCAAUGGCGUUCACAAUAACAAUGCUCUCGUGGAGCACCAUGGAAUUUAAUAAGCAGCUAAUGGCGAAGAAAGAGCUGUUGAAUGCAUUAUAUACCAUCAAAUGGGGGACAGAUUACUUGAUGAAAGCUCACCCGGAGGCUGAUGUGCUUUACGGUGAAGUUGGUGAUUCUGAUUCAGACCAUAAAUGCUGGGAAAGACCAGAAGAUAUGACCACGCCAAGGACUGUAUUUAAGAUUGACGACCAGCAUCCAGGCUCUGAUCUUGCUGCUGAAACUGCCGCUGCAUUUGCUUCUGCUUCCAUUGCUUUCAGACCCAUAAACCCAAAAUACGCAUACAAACUUCUAGUCCAUGCAAAACAGCUCUUCAACUUUGCUUGCAAUCACCCUGGUCUUUAUCAGAACAGUAUUCCUGCGGCUGGAAAAGUCUACCCUAGUAGUGGGUACGAGGAUGAGAUGGUGUGGGCUGCUGCAUGGCUUUAUCGGGCUACCAACGAAAUGAUAUACUUGGAUUAUGUUGCAAAAUCAGGAAAUGUAGGUGGUACCAGGUCCAUGGUCUCAUGGGAUGACAAAUUUGUGGGUGCUCAGGUCUUGGUUGCAAAGCUUGUUUUGGAGGGCAAGGUUGAGGCUUCCGGAAAAUGGGCAGAGUACAAGAGCAAUGCGGAGCAGUUCAUAUGCAACUGCAUUCAGAAAGGAAGCAACAACGUGAGGAGGACAGCCGGGGGACUCCUUUGGUUUCUACCAUGGGAUAACAUUCAAUAUGUUACCACUGCUUCUUUUGUAACCACAGUUUACUCCAACUAUCUCACGGCCAAUCACGCCUCAAUUCAAUGUGCUGGUGCCCAAAUGACCAAGCCCUCUGACCUAGUUGCAAGCGUCCAAUCACAGGUGGACUAUAUAUUGGGUUCAAACCCAAGGAAUAUGAGUUACAUGGUUGGAUUUGGGUCGAAUUUCCCUCAGCAAAUUCACCAUAGAGGAGCAUCUAUUGUAUCAAUCAAGAAGGAUAGAAAUCCAGUGACAUGUAAAGGAGGAUUUGAUCUUUGGUACUACAAGAAUGCACCAAACCCAAAUGUUUUGGACGGAGCAGUGGUGGGUCCGGAUGAGAAUGAUGGAUACACCGAUUCCAGGUCUAAUUACCAGCUGGGUGAGCCAACACUUGUCACUAAUGCGCCAUUAGUUGGUGUUCUGGCUCAUUUUGCUUGAGUCUUACUUGAUUCGUAUGCCCUGGGGCUAUUCAUAUAUUUGUUUUUAAAUGUGAAUUUUUAGUUUUCUUAAACCCAAUUUCUUAAUAAAACCGCAUUCAUUUUCUAAUUUCAA